ACUUGUAGGGUUAAAGAGAUAUUUUUUUUAUUUUCACUUCUCUCUCUAGGAUCCCUCUUCUUCCCCCACACUCUGAAUCUCUUCUUCAGCCGCAACCUCCCAAAACCUGCUUCAUUCGAAUCCAUCGUUUAUCUGCUCCAUCCAUUGCUCCUCUAAGUUAUCUCUCAUUCGAUCCGUUCAGAUCUGAAGACGCUCUGCAAUUCAUAAAUGUCGGUGUAUGUGAACCCGGUAGUGAUGGAGAAAGCAGAUACUGCUAAAAAACUAUACACAUGGAUGCGACUUUGGGAUUUCCCAGACCAAUAUAUUGUUGAGCCUACUGAUGGUUCUGGUGGUUCCAUUUUGCAAGUUAGUAGGGUGGAUGGGUCUAUGAAACUCAUUGAUGAUGUUCCACAAUGCAAUUCUGUUCGAGGGCCAGAUAUUCAGACAAUAUAUGGUGUGGCUGGGAUGAUAAAGUUGUUAACAGUCUAUCCACUAUUCCGACAUGCAUUGGCAUCUGUAUCUCACUCGUCGAGAAUACAGGUGAAUCUGUCAUCAAAUCUUUUGACAGAGUUGUCAGAUGCUUUUGUCAAUUCACAUAAAGUUAUUUAGGAAUUGAAGCACCAUAUAUGCUCAUAUGCCAAACCAAGAAACGUGCACAAUUAAUAUUAAGCACACAUGUACUAGUUAUGAUUCACAUUACAAGGGAAAUUGUAUGAUUCAAUAAAUGACAAGGUUGUGGGAAAAAAUAUGUUGAAUUUGAAGAAUCAUCUACAUGAAUUUGGAUUAUCUCGUGAAGAAAGAAUAUGAUUUUCUUCCUAUUUUGAGAAGGAAGGCCAAUAAUUAGGAACUCAAGAU